GACGACGACGUCAGGCGACGUCGACGACGUUCUCCGUCGCGUACCCCGCGCUACCGUUAGCCACUCCGCUCGUAACUGUAUCUGGACUUAAUUAUUGGGGCUGCCAAAUAACACCGCGAUCGUACAAAAUCACGAAGCAACCCCAAUAAUUGGAAAAUGUCCAGAUUCGUAGCGGCGGGUCUCGUAGCCUUCGAUUCCUUAAAGACGAAAGCGACACUAAAAUUAUCCGGAUUUAGAAGAGGUACCGAUACCGGUUAUGAGGAAUUUGAAGCUUCAUGCGAGGGUAGCAAAGACAACAAGGGAUUCGAAGAUGAAAGAGGAUACAUCGCGCAGCCUUCAUUCGAGUCGCUUCCAGAGCCAGAGAGACCACCAUUGCGGCAUAUCGAUACUUAUUGCAUGCCAGAAUGUCCAUGUCUUUCAAAGAGGUACACCAUCGCAACGCUAGCUUGUAUAGGAUUCGUUAUUUCGUUUGGUAUGAGAUGUAACAUGGGUAUGGCCAAACUAGUCAUAAAAAAUACCACGGAAGGCGAGAAUAACACUGUCAAGUUCAACUGGACGGUUGGCGUAGAAAGCGCCCUUGAUUCGUCAUUCUUCUGGGGUUACCUAGUAACGCAAGUGCCCGGUGGCUUCCUCGCAUCGUUAUAUCCUGCUAACAGGAUAUUUGGCACAGCCAUUGCGAUAUCUUCCUUUUUGAACUUAUUGGUACCCGGGGCGCUGAAAUUAGAUCCUAUCGUCGACAUGUGUGUGCAAGUGUUGAAAGGACUAGUCGAAGGUGUUACAUAUCCAGCAUGUCAUGGUAUUUGGAAAUAUUGGGCACCACCUCUAGAGAGAUCGCGUUUGGCCACAUUAGCGUUUUGUGGAUCAUACGCCGCAAUGGUGAUAGGUAUGCCGCUUUCUGGAUACCUGAGUUCUUGGUUUGGCUGGACAGCAUCGUUUUACUUCUACGGUAUCUGUGGGUUAAUUUGGUAUGGUGUCUGGUUGUGGUUGGCCUUUGAAAAGCCUUCGAAACACCCCUGUAUCUCGGCUCGUGAGUUACGUUACAUCGAAGAUUCGCUCGGACAAGGGCAAGCGCAAGCACCCGUGCCCACACUGGCGACGACUCCCUGGCGCAAGUUUCUCACCUCGAUGCCUGUAUAUGCCAUCAUUGUUGCUAAUUUUUGUAGAUCGUGGAACUUCUAUCUGUUGGUACUCUUUCAACCGCGUUUCAUGCACGAGGCUUUUGGCAUGCCGCUUGUCGAGACCGGAGUCAUUGGGUCGCUCCCGCAUUUGCUAAUGACGAUGAUUGUACCUUGCGGCGGUUUACUCGCGGAUCAUCUUCGUAAACGUGGCAUCAUGACAACGACAAAUGUCAGGAAGGUUUUCAACUGCGGUGGUUUCGGUAUGGAAGCACUCUUUUUCCUAGUGGUAGCCCAUGCGACGACAUCCAAGAAUGGAACCGCGGCUACAGUCGCUCUCGCAAUCGGCGUCAUGUGCAGUGGUUUUGCCAUCUCUGGUUUCAAUGUCAAUCAUUUGGACAUCGCGCCAAGAUAUGCUAGUAUCUUAAUGGGCAUGUCCAACGGGAUUGGCACCAUCGCUGGUCUGCUGGUUCCUUUCUUCGUGGAUAAUAUCACGGAGAAGAAGGACCCACACAGCUGGCGGAACGUUUUCAUCAUAGCUGCAUGUGUUCAUUUUUUCGGAGUGACGUUCUAUGCUAUUUUUUGCUCUGGCGAAUUGCAACCCUGGGCUGAUCCGACUUUGGAAGAACAAAAGAGCUGGAAUCCCAUGGACGAAUUUGGCCAUACAAAACCGCCCGUUCCACCUCCACCGAAAACUAUGCAAUCUGAAUUCAUUAAACAACCGUCCCGGGACGGAAGCGUCACUGACGACUGGAAUACUUACGAACAGUCUCCGGCUGAAAAUCACUUGUACGUACGUCAAGACAGUAAGGGUCCCGUGAACUACGGCUCGACAGAAACCAACAAUCCAUUUCGCUCGACGAAUCCAUUUGCUAGCGAAGUUAACACAUCUUUUGUGCAACCACCGGCAACGGACGACUACGCGCAUGACAUCGUGCACAAUCAGCAAUGGAACUGAGAAUGGUCAAUAACCGGAUAGAAUAAUUGGAUAUGAGAAAAGCAGACUGCCCCAAGGUUGUAGAUUAUUCGUAUUAUUAUUAGCUGGCAAUCCUAUACUGGCUCUUCAGACAUGCCGCAUCUUCAUUAACGAAACUCGCGAAAUUCAGGCUAGUAAAAAUCAAAUUUCAUGUUAUGCAAAUAAUUUCGUUUCCCCUUGAAAGAAUAAAGUCUUUAGAAUCAUUAAUUUUUUUUCUUUAAAGAAAAUUACUUUUAAGAAAAAUUAAUGGCAAUUUCAUCUAAUUUAAAAUAAUAUUACAUUUACAACGAUAUUAUCUUGCUUUGCUUAAUCUUUAAGCAAUAAAGAUUGAAAUCAUCAUUUUCUUAUAAUAUCAUAAACUUGUAACAUUUUGAAAAGAAACCACAAAAUAUUAUACUUUAAUUGUAACUGCAUAAUAAAUUAGAACAAUUGUUUUUUAAUAUUAAUAAAAUUGUUUACUAAUUGAAUCUAAUUGUGGCAUGUCUGAAAGCUAUAUGUAAGUAAGAUUCCAAGUAGUCACCAUGACUCUGGAUUUUACGAAUCAAAUGUUGAAAAUAUAUUUCUAAGUUUGAUGUGCAAAAUCUUUGGUAAACAUCAAAAAGGGGAAAAGAAGAUAUAAUUUUUCUGUUGAGCGUAAUACCUAAGAGUGCAGAGAAUGGCGCUGUGAAUAGCCACGCGAAUAACUCGAAAUGAUGCAGGAUCUAUAUUGUUAAAUUAGCGAUAUUGAUCGACAGAUGAACCUUUAUUUAUUUACUUUGUCAAGAACAUUCAUAAUACACUGCUUACAGCGGUGUGUGAUAAACGAUGAUAGAAAGGGGGUACACGUGUAUUCCGUCAUUUUAAAAAACGACAAUAAGUCACUCGUUACAAAUGUGCCUAAAAAUGGGUCUAAAGAUCGUUUUUCUGGUUCAAAAAAUUUAACCGGGAAAACUUUCUAUCUCUAUUCUUCAUUUGUCUUCGUAUACUUUUACUUUUGAAAGUAAAGAGAGAAACAACUAAUCGAACUAAGGAAACUUGAAAAUGCAUUUUACGUAAUAUACAAUUAACCGCGUUUGAACUUAUAUUUUUCAAACAUUUAUAGACUGAAACGUAUCGUUAAGUCAAGCUUUGCAAAUUGCAAACUGCGCAAUAAUCGACUGUCUUAACUCUUUCUGUGGGAUAUUGCAAAAAGAAUAUUCUCUUAAUUUAUAGAAAAAUUAGAACACACAUCAAUAGCCUGUAAGAAAUUCUUCAACUUUAUAAAAUUUUGAAAACUUUUUAUCAAGAUAUAUCAUAUCCGCAUGCAAUAUUGGCAAUAUUGAUUUCUUCUAUAAAAAAGACUAUUAAUCACAAAAUGCUUAUCAGCGACGAGAUCCACGUAUACGUCGUAAAGUGACAAUAAUUCAAACCUUCGCGAGACAAUAAUUCUUUCCGUGGACAAUAUAUAAUUAAUGGCGAGGUUUGAGAAAAUGGUAAUCGUGAAAGAUCUCGGUGCGCGCGACAUAGCUCAAUCGCUGAAACUUUUAGGUAUUCCCAAUUUUUCGUGAGUGACGUGUUUAGUUAUUUGCGCGAAAUAAUAGAAACAUAGCAAUAAAGGAGGAAAGUUACGCGAUCAAUAACGAAUGACGUAAAUCGCUUAUCGAAAGUAAAGUUAUACACAAAGAAUAUGCGACAUGUUUACGCACACUCAGAUACAGUAUAAUUCGAUCUACCAUAACGACGAUAUUGUCCAUACAGCGUAGAUAUUCAAAAAGUAUUUUUAAAUACCCAAUUAGACAUGUAUCUAAAUUGAGAAACUUCCACUUUUCUAAAUAUUCCUUAAUUUUCCGUAUAAUAUAAAUUAUAAUUUAUUAAUUGAAUAAAACUGAAAAAAAAUUUACAAGACCAAAUAUGGUAUCAUUAAUAAAAAUUCAGAAAUCUUGACGAGUUAUUUGGACAUGAAAGAAAUAUAUACCUAUAAAUACUCGCAAGAUAUCUAUGUUGUAUAUAUGUCAUAUAAAAUUAUGGAUGUAUGUAAAAUUUGCAAAGAGACAGAAAGAAAAGAUGAAAGCUAAUUAUUACUUUUUCAUUGACAUCCAUUAGAAGCAAAGCGCGAAUUAUUCGGAAGUUGGUAAAAAGAAAUAAUCAUAAAUCGGUGCAUAUGCUCGUUCGCAUCAAGUCGAAUUCUUUAAAUACAGAAUUUUUUGCGUGAAUUUUCUUAAUAUCCAAGAUAAAUUCAAAAACAUUUGCGAAACGGUUUAACUUAUGAAAGUAUUGAAACGUAUGAAAGUAUUCGUAAGAAAGUGAUAACAAAA